UGUGCGUCGAGGGCAUAGCUCCAGUCAACGGAGCCAUCAUUCCAAAACACGAUUGAACCUGAGGACUAACGGAUCAAAAGUGAAAUUAACAUGCAACCUGAAACCUGAUGGUCCCUAUUCCAAACAAGGGGCCACAAUAAGCGAUGUUCUCAUGGAAAUCAUAGACGAUUCAACAGUUGACAAAUCCAUGUUACAAAGGAUGGAGAGAAGAGACCUCGGUUGUAUACGAGUUUACACCUGCUCGUCCGGUGUAUUCAGGGUUCGCUGUCAAAUUAAUAUCAAAGGCGCAAACAAAGCCCUGUGCCAGCGUCAUAUCAACGUUGGAAGCGCGCCUCAGGAUCCGUUCGAUUUCCAAUGUAUUUCUGAAAACUGGCAAUCUCUGAACUGUACGUGGAAAACCUUGCCCAAUGCGAUUUCCACCAACCAUACGAUUUAUUAUUCAGAGGACGGUAGAUUCAACGAACCUGGCUGCUGCCACCGCUUGGAUAAUCAGUGCUUUGGACAGAGCGAAAACGAGACGGCCUUUGAAACCUCUCACAGCUACUACAACGAGGCUAUCCACAGUAGCAACCAAAUGGAAAGAAUUGUCCGGAUCGAGAUUUGCCAACAAAAUGGCUUGUCAGAUGGCUUGCCAAAGUCGUCGAAUUACACCUUCCCCAUAUACUCGAUAGUGCGACCAGAUCCCCCAGAAGCCCUCCGAAUACUUGAUGCCGAUUCGAGGUCCUUGACAAUCACUUACAAUGUUCCACACGAGCUGGAAUAUUUUCCGCCUGGUUUGAAAUCGAGAGUGUUUUGGUGGUCCGAAUUGGAUUCAACCAAAAGACAAUUCAAUACCAGUGAUUUUGAGGUGAACGAUUCCAACUUCACGUUCACUUUAGAAAAUCUCUACCCCUCAAUUUUCUACAAAAUCUCUGUGGAACUACUUUCUUCUGUUGCUGAUCCUGAAGAUGAACGCCUUUGGUCUGAAAAGAAUGAAAUUGGCGCCCGCACUCUAUCAGAGCGACCUGAAAUUGCUCCUAACACAACUCAGGGGAGCUUUGAAAGCCUGGUUCAUUUGGAUGACCGGCAAGUGUGGAUUUAUUGGAGUUACCCGAAGCGGGAGCUUCACAAUGGAUUGGAUUUUCGUCCUCGCAUAACAGAGGUCUUGGAAGAAAACAAACCAAUAGCCUUAACGCCAAGUGAUGUGACAAAAUCCUUUGCCAACUUUCAACUGACUUUGAAGAAGUACUCCAUCUUCGUGACGUCUGAGAAUGAAAAUGGAACUGCGCCAGAGAGCUCGAAAUUCACCAUUCCCAAUCAUUCUGAGAUAAAAGGACUUCGACCCAAGUCUGUGACAAAAAUUGCUUACGAUAACGAAAACAAACUCUUUGAAAUAUCAUGGCUGCCUCCAGAAAACAAGAAUCUCGUCAGGAACUACACCAUUUUCUACUGUAAACCCGAGAGCGGUCGUGACCGCCCUUAUCAAUGUGAUGGACCUUUGGAUUGGAUUAUUGUCAAUAGUUCCACCCUGAUGGCAAACAUCACUUUGAAUUCCCCGGAUUUGCACCAGUUUGCUGUGGCCGCCAAUGCAGAUCAUGGAAUUUCGUCGGGGAUGAUCUGGGCCACGUGCACCAUUUUGUCAAACAAAGUAGUGAGUAAGCUGAAGAAUGUCAAGGUGUCGCAUGUGAGACAAACCAACGUAGAAGUGGAAUGGAUGGUGGAUUGCUCAGAUCGUCAUGUGAGGGCCUACAAAGUCUCCUAUUGUGUGAUGGGAUCGCUCAAUGCCAAUGAGGCGUGUUUGGAAGAGGAGCAGUUUGUGAACACUACGGCCACGAGCAAAAACGCCCUGUUAACUGGGUUAAAGCCGUACACCUACUACAAGUUGGGAGUAUCGGCCAUAACUAGAGCGGGAGAGUCGGAAAUGUCUGAUCCAGAAGUUGUCCAAACCAAGCCAGACAAGCCACAGGGAAAUAUUGCUAUCACAACGGUGGUUCAAAAUGACAACACCAUUUCACUUACCUGUGGGAAGCCCGAGUUUCCUAACGGCGAAAUCAAUAGAUAUCGAGUUCAAUAUGGAUUCGUGAACUUGCAAGGUUACGAAGAGGUCAUCCCUAUCUUGGAUUCACUUCUGUCAUGCCAGGAUGCCGUGCUAAAUGAUCUUAUGUACAACGUGGAAUACUUCAUUCAAGUCAGUGCCUGUAACUCUUUAGAGGGGGUGCGGCUCUGUGGCGACUGGACCCGGACCCAAGUGACCACUAUGGUUGGACCUUCAUCCCAAAUGCCUGCCCCGGAGGUAAAAAUCUUGACUCAGGAGGCAAUGGAAGUUUCUUGGAAUAGGAACAAGUUCUACCCAGGUAGUGAUUGGCUGAGUUACAAAAUUCGAAUUACCAACACAAUUCUCAACAAGUCGCACGAGCAUUUUGUGGAAAAAUCAAAGAAACAAGAGGAUAAAUUCAAGCUUUCACUGCCCAGGGAUUUGCUCCCAGAUUGUGACAAGGAUAGUGACACUAGUGUCACGACAUAUAAUGUGUCCAUUUUGGCCAUAUCAAUCGACCCUGACACGAACAGAACCUUUGAUGGAGUGUGGAGUCCUGUGGAAACCGUCUCUACCAAUUGCUUCUUUGACAUUCCUAAAUGGAUGAUCAUCGUGUCAGGAUCGGUCGUGGUAUUGAUUGUGUUUGUCUUUUUGUCCUACAAAUUUUGUUAUGGUCGGACAACGUGGAACACCAGAUUCUUUGAAUCCGUCAAAGACGCUCCCGUUCCCGGGGAUAACGCAGGGGAUGGCACCUGCGUGAUCAGUUCAGCUUUGGCACCAAGACCAGAUCAGCAGAAGAAAUAUCAACGCACGGGAUCAAAGGAAUCGGCUCAAACCUUGUUGACUCAUCCAAAGCGAAACUUGAGCGGGGACAGUGCGAGCACGUCUGGAUGUGAGAGUGCCAGAUCAUCGGAAAUGGAUGAAAUCGAGAAAACGGGUGCUGGUGACACGGCAAGCAUUGAAACAGCGGAGGAAGACAAUGCUGUGAUCCGUCCAAAUUUCCCACUUGAUAACGACAUGGCUAAUUAUCAGCCCCAAGUAGGAUGGCCUGGGCAAGAGGACGUUCCUAGUGGAUUGGGCUAUAGUAAAGUUGGCGAAGAGUCCAACCAUCAUCCACUUCAUGUAGUUUCAUCUCCGCCUCCGCCCCCAGGGGGAAGCUACGUCGCCAUACAAGAUCUGAAGGCCCCGAAGCCUAACCCCGGGUAUAUAGCAUUUAACCAGGUGGCCAAGAGUCAGCGGAGGCCAUCGCGUGAGCCUCUGAACUUGAACUCCGAGGACAUAGAAGCACCCAUGGCUUACUCGAAAGUGGGAGUCGAUCCCAGAGCUAAGCUGAGCCCCAUAGCGCCCUCCUCAGGGUACAUUCCGCACCCGGUGGUGACCAAACCCAAGAGGCUGGUCACUUUGCCCUUGUCAGAAAUCCCACAAAAAAGUGACACGUUCAAAACUACUCCAUACGUCACUUACGGAGGACCAAUGGUCGAAUCACCAACCACGAAUCCUCCAAGCCAAUCUGGCCCAUAUUUUCAAAUGAGCUCAACCAAACCGCAAGGUCAGCAGCACGAGCUCAAAGUCAAUCAGCCCGACAUCACAAUGUCUCCCAAGAACCUGAAAGUCUCAUCCAUGGCUCCAUUCAACACGGCGGUGACUGCCCUGGACUCGAGUAAGUCCAGCAUGGUUUAAACCCUCCGAACCAUGUGGGACAAUGGAGUUCAACAAUGUGAUAUUCGUCGGCUUUGAAGGCUUGAAAUUUUGAAUGGUCAUCGCAAGGUCAAUCAUCCUUCGCCAUAUAUUCAAAUGAAUGUUCUCCUCGACUAGCAAGUGAUGAUUGUUACAUGUUCCUCGGAUCCAAUGUAAUGAAUCCGAAUUUAUAUUGUGAAAUUCACACACUCACGUUGAUACAAAACGAUUCGAUUUAACUUCUCUUGCCGAAAAGAG